ACUUGUUUUCGCUUUCAUCCUUUUAAAAAACUCGGGAGCACAAAUAAGAGCGAAAGUUAUAUAAUUUUACUUACUGCUCACUUGCUUUCCUCCAUGUUUAUAACUCGGAGCAGGGCGUAGGAUAGUUUGUGUUACGAGUGGAAGUGAUGAUCGCAAAUUAGUGCAACUCGUGUAGUGUUAGAAUCUGUUACGAGCCAUGUCAGACUUGUGAAGUUUUUGUUUUCUUUUGAUGAUUAUUGUGCUUUUUGGUUUGAGCGAAUUUAUUUGUGCUCGGAUUGGAAUUUAAUUUAGGCAUGUUAGAGCAGUUACUGAUAUUUACGAGAGGAGGAUUGAUCCUCUGGACUUGUAAGGAGCUCGGAAAUGCUCUUAGAGGAUCGCCUAUUGACAUGUUGAUCAGAUCGUGCCUUUUGGAGGAAAGAUCUGGUGCUGCGUUGUAUAAUUAUGAUGCACCUGGUGCUGCCUACACUCUUAAGUGGGCUUUUAACAAUGAACUCAGCCUUGUCUUUGUUGCCGUGUAUCAAAAGAUUUUCCAUCUUUUGUACGUGGAUGAUUUACUUGCUAUGGUUAAGCGGGAGUUCUCGGAGAUUUAUGAUCCUAAAAGAAUCGGGUAUGAUGAUUUCGAUGAGAAGUUCAGGCAGCUUAGGAUGGAGGCAGAGGCGCGUGUGGAAGAUAUGAAGAAAUUAAAUCAGGUGGCUAAGCCAGUGAGUAAUAGUGGUCUAAGUAAGAAGCAAGGGAAGCAGAAGAUAGGUCUUGAUGGAGGUGAUAAUAAAAAAAGCAGCAGUGAGUCGGGGAAUGAUGGUGGAGAUGGUGAAAAACUAAAAGGUUGUAAAUUAGAAAUUGGUAACGGUCUUGCUAAUGGUAACCGUGAUGGUAGCGGGAAAACGGCUGAAAAGGGUAUUACUAUUGGUAAAGAAAACGAUAGCUCCAACAAUGGGGCUUUUGAUGUAAAUAAGCUACAAAAACUAAGAGCUAAAGGUUCAAAGAAAAUUAAUACUGUUGUUAACAAGGUUCCCAGAGUGGAACCAAAGAAAAAGAUAACAAAAAAGAAUACAGUUUGGGACAAACCAGUCGAGGCCAAGUUGGAUUUCACAGAUCCAGUGAGUCAGGAUGGGGAUGAGAACAGUGUGACUUUAGCAGCCAAUGAAGGGGAGAGUAUGAUGGACAAAGAGGAGAUAAUUAGUAGUGAUAGCGACUCUGAUGACAAUGAGGAUGAGGAUGCUACCAAGGAUAGGAACGUGGAUAUGAGAAAGAAGGGGUGGUUUUCUUUAAUGUUUCAGAGUAUUGCUGGGAAGGCAAAUUUGGAGAAGGCGGACCUAGAACCAGCCUUAAAAGCUCUUAAGGACAGGCUUAUGACCAAGAAUGUGGCUGAGGAGAUAGCUGAAAAACUCUGUGAAUCAGUAGCAUCAAGCCUUGAGGGUAAGAAACUAGGAUCAUUUACAAGGAUUUCAUCAACAGUGCAAUUAGCUAUGGAAGAGGCUCUUGUUCGCAUUUUAACUCCUAGGCGUUCCAUUGACAUUUUACGAGAUGUUCAUGCUUCUAAGGAGCAAGGAAAACCAUAUGUUGUUGUCUUUGUUGGAGUUAAUGGAGUGGGGAAAUCGAAAUCUACUAAUCUUGCCAAGGUUGCAUAUUGGCUUCAGCAGCAUAGCAUUAAUGUAAUGAUGGCUGCAUGUGAUACAUUUCGUGCUGGAGCUGUUGAGCAACUACGUACUCAUGCACGUAGGCUCCAGAUUCCUAUAUUUGAGAAAGGUUAUGAAAAAGAUCCUGCAGUUGUAGCAAAAGAAGCAAUUCAGGAGGCCAGUCGUAACGGUUCUGAUGUUGUUCUUGUUGAUACAGCUGGCAGGAUGCAGGAUAAUGAACCAUUGAUGCGAGCUUUGUCAAAACUUAUCUAUGUCAAUAGCCCAGAUUUGGUCCUUUUUGUUGGUGAGGCACUAGUUGGGAAUGAUGCUGUGGAUCAGCUAUCAAAGUUCAACCAGAAAUUAGCUGAUCUCUCGCCAUCUUCAAGUCUCAGAUUGAUUGAUGGAAUCCUGCUCACAAAGUUUGAUACAAUAGAUGAUAAGGUUGGUGCUGCUCUGUCUAUGGUUUACAUAUCCGGAUCACCUGUCAUGUUUGUUGGAUGUGGGCAGUCAUAUACUGACCUGAAGAAGUUGAAUGUGAAGUCCAUUGUUAAGACCCUCCUCAAAUGAUGGUUUUAUACUUUUAUGCGUUUUUGGUGCUAUAUGUUCUGCACCACUCUGCAGUUCGUCUUCCGUGACGACUGAGAUCUUGUUACUCUAAACUUGGAUGCUUGGCUCUGUUUUAGUCCUCCGUGGAUUCAUGGUUGUAAUUUUACAAAAAUAUAGUAUUUCGUCUGUACUAUUUUAUCAGAAAAAAAAGGUUUCACUUUU